UUUUAAUGUUUUUGUUUGGUUAAAUUCACAAUUCCCCAGCUGCUAAUGACCAGGAAACGGAACUGGCUUGCUUUUUAUUCCAACUGUGUUCAUGCUUACAGGUGCUUUGUUGCAUGACAGGUUUUUUGACAUCUACUCCACACUUCCUACAGCAUCACCCCAGGUUCUCACUCAGUUCACGUGACUCAUUACACAAGCCAGUGGGAGCUGCAUGUGUUCUCUGGCACCAGUAACUUGUACAGACACAUGUAAGCAUGCAAGAGAAAUCACCUGUAAGCUGUACCUUAUCAUCAUCACUACUAUGACUCAUUAGACUGUUAAUUACUUCAUCUGAGCAGUCUUAGCUGUCAACCAAGUAGAGGCUAUUUGAAGCAGUACGGUUGGAAAGAAGAUUGAGUGCAGACCCAGAACCACAGACAAACUCCAACCAGCAGUACUACACUGAGUUUCUUUAAAUUCAUAAUGGCACCCUGGAAGAGAUCACGUAAGCUUGCACUGUUAAUCGUGAACACAGGGUUUGUGUGUUAUCUUGUGCACUUACUGCAAGAUCAAAGAAAGAGAAGACCUGAUUUCUUGGAAGUAAAUCGUCAAUCUCUGAAGCAAGAAAACAUCGUCCUUCAGAGACUGGACCAUUUGGACUGGGACAUUCAUAACCUCUCAAAAUCAAUGGAAGCAUUACAUGAAAAUAUAAAACAAAUAGAACAUGAUUUGAAGCUGCAAGAUAACUCCAAGGCUGAAGUCCGCAAAGCUGGUAAUGAAAAGGAGCAAAAGAAAGUUGCACACCGUUUGCUGUACCCAGACUCAGUUUUGUUCCAAAGGUGGGGUGCAGAUUUAAGUGAAGAGGAGCAAACUGUUGCACAGAAUCUCUUCUUAAAUUAUGGGUAUAAUGUUUAUCUCAGUGAUCGACUACCUCUGGAUCGACCUAUCAGAGACACCAGAUCUCCCAGCUGUAAAAUGAAAACAUACCCGAAAGACCUUCCAACACUUAGCGUUGUACUUAUAUUUAUGAAUGAAGGACUGUCAAUCAUCUUACGUGCAAUCACUAGUAUAAUUAACAGAACACCUGCUCAUUUACUGAAAGAAAUCAUCCUGGUAGAUGAUUACAGUUCAAAUGAUGAUCUGAAAGGACCUUUGGAAACAGAAGUCAAAAAUUACAAUGCAAAGCAUUCAGAACUGCUGAAGAUCAUUAGACAUCAGAAAAGACAAGGCCUAACACAAGCCCGGAUUUCUGGCUGGGAGGCAUCAACUGCAGAUGUUGUUGCAAUUCUGGAUGCCCAUAUUGAGGUGAACAUGGCAUGGGCUGAACCUAUUCUGUCUCGACUAAAAGAAGAUCGCACUAUUAUAAUAUCACCAGUAUUUGACAAUAUUCGUUUUGAUGACUUUGAGCUUCUUGAGUAUUCAGUGGCUGCAGAUGGAUUUGACUGGGCACUCUGGUGCCUUUAUGAACCUUUACCAGCUGAAUGGUAUGCUCUGAAAGAUGAAACAGCUCCAGUCCAAAGCCCAUCUAUAAUGGGGAUUAUUGCUGCAGAUAGGAAAUUUUUGGGUGAGAUUGGUGUACUGGACAGUGGAAUGCACAUAUAUGGAGGUGAAAAUGUGGAACUUGGCCUGAGGGCCUGGCAGUGUGGAGGUAAAGUAGAAGUGCUGCCCUGUUCAAGAAUUGCUCAUUUGGAAAGAGCUCACAAGCCUUACUUGCCAGACUUGAGCAUUGCAGUAAAACGCAAUGCCUUGAGGGUAGCAGAAGUGUGGAUGGAUGAUUACAAGUACAUGGUCUACUUUGCAUGGAAUCUUCCAAUCGAGAAUCCUGGAAUAGACUUUGGAGAUGUUUCUUCCAGAAAAGACCUAAGGAAAAAACUGAACUGUAAAGGCUUUGACUGGUACAUAAAGAACAUUUACCCUAAUUUAAUAUUUCUUCCCAACAUUGUUGGUUAUGGAACAAUGAAAAACACAUUGAAAGAAGACAUCUGUAUUGAUCAAGGCCCUGUCCCUGGAAACACACCAAUUAUGUAUCCCUGUCAUGCAUACUCACCACAGCACAUCUUUUAUCACAGCACUGGAGAAAUGUAUGUAGGAGGUUUACAUGCCCGACGGAAUACAGGUGAUAGAUGCCUAACAGACCCUGGGAAUGGGGACCUGCCUGUUUUAGAGAAAUGUGACAUAGCUGUGAAUAAAGGUCUGAACUUGCACUGGGAUUUUAAGCAGGGAUCGGCUGUAAUCAACAGGAGCACUAAAAGAUGCCUCGAAAUCGCAGCAGACAAUCCAUAUUCAUAUAGACUCGUAAUGCAGACCUGCACAGGACAAAGGUGGAAUAUACAACACACGGUUAAGGACUGGGGAAAGACAAAAGACCUGUAACAGAAGGCACCGCACUGACUGGAGAAUGUUCUUCCUUGAAAACUGCUAUGCUCAUAAUGCAGCACUGAAAGCAGUGCUGCUUUCAAGAGUUAUUUACACAUGAUUUUCCAAGGCAGUAGUCAC